GGCUACUUUAGUAUCAACUUCCUACUUGUCUUGGAGCUGCGUGCUUGUGUUAGCUAGCAACAGUCAUGAGAAAAACUAUUAUAAUGUGUUGAUAUUAUAACAUCAUAUAUCGUGUAUUACUUCACUUUAUAUUAAGUAGUUUAUCAAACGUUCGUCACGAUGGGUUUGCUGACGAUACUGAAGAAAAUGAAGCACAAGGAGAGAGAGAUGCGACUACUUAUGUUGGGUCUAGACAACGCUGGUAAGACCACUAUUCUGAAGAAGUUCAAUGGCGAGGACGUGAGCACCAUCUCUCCUACACUGGGAUUCAAUAUCAAAACCUUGGAGCAUAAAGGGUUCAAGUUGAACAUCUGGGAUGUGGGCGGUCAGAAAUCCCUUCGUUCUUACUGGAGGAACUACUUUGAGAGCACCGAUGGGCUGGUGUGGGUGGUAGACAGCGCAGACAGACUGAGGCUGGAGGAUUGCAGACAGGAACUCAGCUCUCUGCUGCUGGAGGAGAGGUUAUCAGGAGCUACUCUCCUGGUGUUCGCCAACAAACAGGACCUUCCUGGAUCCCUGAGUAAAGAGACCAUACGAGAGGCCCUGGGCCUGGAUGACAUUAAGACCCAUCACUGGUGUAUCAUCGGCUGCAGUGCUGUGACAGGAGAGAACCUACUGACAGGAGUAGACUGGCUACUGGAUGACAUCGCUGCACGCGUCUUCACUGCAGAUUAGCACCCCGGGUUUGCAUUAAUAAAACGCAUCUGAAGAAGCUUCAGUGUUUCUCAACCUCCGGUCUGUGGGAUGUUGUUUGCUAUAUAAUGCUAGUUUUAGGGGAUAGUUUCCCAGACACAGAUGCUUUUCAGUCCAGGACUAGGGUUAAUUGGUUUCCAGGAAACCACCCCUGAAUGUGCAAUCGCACAAAACCUAGCUUUCCUGUCCCUAAUUAGAAAAAGGUUGAGAAACACUAGUAGGCCAGUCUGGGUACCAGUUUGUGCCAUCAUGCCACUGCACUGCUUGUCAUGCCAAACAACAAGGAGUGGGAUGACAUCACAAACAGAGGGAUGACAUCACAAACAGAGGGAUACUACAAAGCAGGAGAACAUUUUUAGAAAGAUACCGGUAAGCUUGAAAUGGGCGUGGUCUAAUUUACUCAACCAAAACGCACAUCUAAACUCAGCGUUUUGAAUCAACUCAAAUCAUGUUAUUUUGGGUUGUUUAUCAAAAUUAGCUAACUAACUCAUUGAUCCUGCUUUGUAGUACACCUCUCAGAUCUGUUAGGAUGCUACUAGACAGUACCAUCAUACUGAGUUAGAACUGUUUACAGUGGUUGGUUGGUUGUCUGCCAACCAGUGCCUCACUUCAAUGUAUCUGUUAUUCAAUUCACUCACCCCACCAUGGUUAGUGUUGGUGUGUAACUAUUUAUUAAAUUCACUCACCCCACCAUG